AACGAGAAGGCAAUUAAGAUUGAGAAGAUAUAGAUCGGCGAUUUAUCUGCAGCGCAGAUGAAUGACUUGAGAUGAUAUGAGUGUAUUUUUCUCAGUCUAGUCACAGAUUUUACAACUACAGGCCAAACGUGGAUGUGACAUUUUCGAGCCUGGUAACCAGAGAUAGUAUGUCUGCAAGUAAAACAUGUUAUUCUUUAGCUGAUAACAACGGUUCUUCUAUGAUGGACCAUCAUUCAAGAUGUUUCCUGGGCAAGCGAUCAGCCGUCAUCUUCCUAGUCAUCUACACCAUCCUCAUGGGAUUCAUGUUCCUGUCCUAUCUCUAUACAUCAUCGGACGGCAGAACGAGCAGCGCCACCCAUCUUUCCGGCAAGGAUGUCAUCGUUAUCAAGAAGAGUGCCGCUAGAACGUAUUCAGAUGUAGCAGGUUCAGACGUAGUAGACACAGAUGGCAGGAUACAUCUGGGCAUGAAUUUUCUUCCAAAACCAGGGGUUCCAUCCCCGGUUCAGACUCAUUUUAAAUCGCUCCGAACAGGACAGCCAAUUAAGGACAAAUGCAAAAAAUGUGCAGUAAUCUCCAGCUCAGGACACAUGCUUGGAAGCAAGCGAGGGAGAGAGAUUGAUUCGAUGCCCUGCGUGAUACGCAUGAACAAUUCCCCAGUCGAGGGGUUCGAGGAGGACGUAGGUGCAAGGACUACAUUGCGCAUUGUGUGCCAUAUGUCGACCGAGCCGGUCAAUGCCGACUCGGCAAGCCUCCUCAAUCCGUCCAACAAGCAGAGUCGGCCAGAGAAGAUAGUUUUCUUUGGCCUCAAUGAGCCCAACCACAGGUGGGCAUUGGAGAAAGCGGAAAUCAUGGUCAAGAACUACCCGGAGGUGGAUUUUUAUUCUUUGGACGAAGUGGGAGAGCUGGAGUUUGAUCUGAUCUUUCAGAACGAGACAGGCAAAAAUAAAUAUGAUACCAACACUUGGUUAUCAACGGGUUGGUAUACCAUCCUCCUAGCUCUGAACAUGUGUGAAGAGGUCCAUAUGUAUGGCAUGGUCAAUGAGAACUAUUGCGAGAGAAACAUAGAUUCCAAAAUCCGCUACCACUACUUCCAGACCUGGGACAACCCCACAGAAUGCGACUACUACAAGAGCCAUGAGGACACCCGCUACCUGGGCGGCCAUCGGUUCAUCACAGAGAAGGCCAUCUUCAGCCGCUGGGGAGCCAUGUUCAACCUGACCUUCCACCAGCCAGACUGGGAGCCUCCGAAACUAGUCGAUGUCCUCAACAAGCCCCUCAAGACACCCUUUGUCUCGAGGAACGAGGAGGACAAGAGUGCAGUUGGAAAGCUCUUUGACCAUUUUGCAAAGUGGGCUUUUGGAAGUUUGAUGUGAAAGAAACCAACUCUCCUUGGAGUACUUGUAGUCUUUAGACAAGCUGGUGCUCUGUGUAUUUGGGGUUUAACGCUGAUGUGCAGUUGUGAUAUCGGCCCCAGUAGUGUCCUUUGUUGAGAUUGGUCUGAACGCUUUCCAGACACUUUUGGAGACCUCUCUCAAAGUCUAUCAUUUACCAUCCCCUUUACUCCCACUUUUUCUUUGUUUCUCUUCCGCUCUCUCUCUCUCUCUCUCUCUCUUCCUCUAUCUGUUACUCGCUCUUCCAAAUUUCUGAUCACAAGAACUUUGAUUUCAGUUUCUGGUACACAUGUUAUUUAAUAAGAAACUUACCAGUGGAUUUUUAACAUAUUAGUUUUGUUACGAAUCGGGGAGUGAAAAAAAAACUUUAGAUAUAAAACCUGAUUAAAAGUUACCAUAGGACAGCCAUUGAAAAUGGGAAGUACAUGUAGUUGUACCCUUUAUGCAUUUGAGUUUUAUCACUGCCAAAUAGAUUUAAUUUCAAUUUUUCUUUGCUUGCUCUCUUAAAAUGAUAAAUUCACCUAUGCAUCAUGGAGUGUACCAUUUGGGGCAUGUAUUAUGAAUAAUAAUGAUAGCAUAUAUGUGACAUACCGUCAACUCCUUAAUCAAUCGGUUCAUUCUUAUCAGAUAUUAGUUUAAGUACAAUAUCGACCUUUAUCUUAAGAUAUUGACCUUUAUCUGUGUAGAGAUAGUGUCUCAGAGUGGAUUAAUUAGGAUCAUUUUGAAAUUUUAAAGUGAUUCCUGGCAAUUAGCAAAUCAUUUGCCACAAAAAAGAGCCUGGUUUGUCAAAAGGUACAAAAGUCCUUUGCAUUUGCAAGAGAGGAAUAGAAAUUGUAAAGUCAGUUGCAGUCAGACCCCUUGACCACCUGUCUUGACCAUCUACAUGUAUAUCAAGCAACAAACUUUUUGAUUAUCCCUUUUGACCGCAGUUUAUCACUUUACAUGUACAACCUCAUCCAUGACCAUCUUGAACCAUUUACAAACAAUUUGACCACCUUUCUGACAACUGUUGAUACUCCUAUCUUGACCAUCCAUAACCGACCUCAUCUCACCUCUAUGAAGGUCAGCUGUAUGUACUGAGGGUUUUCUUUUUUAUCUUAAUAAUAUAGUAAUAUAGGGUAUUUAUAUUGCGCACAUAUCCACCUUGUUAGGUGCUCAAGGCGCUCCUAUAUUACCCGGCUAAGCUAGGCGUUCAUAGCGCACACAGCUUUUUAAGGAAUUACUUCCUACCGGUACCCAUUUACCUCACCUGGGUUGAGUGCAGCACACUGUGGAUCAGUUUCUUGCUGAAGGAAAUUACGCCAUGGCUGGGAUUCGAACCCACGACCCUCUGUUUCAAAGUCCGAAGACUAAUCCACUGGGCCACAACGCUCCACCUUAAAAAGAAGAUACCUUUGAAUUAAGCUGCCUACUUUCAUAAUCAUAACAUUUUUCAUUUUACAGGGGUGGCCUUCAUUGGAGUACAUCAAUAAUUAGCAAACAGGGUUCUUUCUAAAAGAAAUUAUAUUUUUAGCUAUGAAUGUCAACCAAAGUACUUUAAAUAUAUCUGCAGAGUACUACGUGUUCUCAUAGUGUAUACAUGUAUAAUGCGGUAUUGAUGGGUUUUAUAGUUGAGUGUUGAAAUUGAACAACUAUGUACAUGUACAAACGCUUUAACAUACACGUACAUGUAACCUGAAAUAUGGGUUUCAGUUGAUAUUUAAAAAUGAACAUUUUAAAGACAUGCAAUUUGUUGUCAUAUCUGGAUGCCAAAUAUUUUAUUUGUAUUUUGAUCGGGUUCUGUGUGUAUAUGUCACUUGUACAAUAUUCAUGUAAAUAUACAAUGCGAUAUUGCAAUGCACUGUAAUAAUCACUGUUUGAUGUAUAUGGAGGUUAAUAUGUUAUUUAUCGGAGAUAUUGAAGUGAUUUUAUACCAUUUGCCAUGCAAUUGUUUAAUUUCCAUCAUAAGAGUGAGAAGGGCGAUUCCAUACGUGUCGUAUGGGACAUUUCGACAACAAUUUCUAGUCUCUUAGCUGCAUGCUUGAGCAAUAGAACUUCAUUUUUAGUCGAUGAUAAAGUUACAGUGGGUAGUGACGUGAAAAAAAUGUUUGAUUUUAGGCGAAUUAUGGGUAAAAUGUUGUGUGUUGUACUGGAUUCAGAAAUGUCCUGUACGACACAUUUUCACCUCUAACUCACCCAUGGACAACAUUAUUUUGUUGGUUGUCAUUUUUUUACAUUACUACCCCAUAGUACUUUAGUAUUACCACAAAACAAAUUGAAUUUUUUUGUUUGUUGGACAGCGGGUGUUGGGAAAAUUGCUGAUUUUUCUAGCAUGGAAUCGCCCAGAAAUUGAUCAGGCAAUCCGGGCCCUGUCUUACAAAGAGUUGCAAUUAAUUCAUAUCAGACUGAAAUAGCGAUUGGUCUAGAUAUACGUGGUUAAGAGAUAAUAGGGAAUUUGAGAUCAAUCACAAUUUGAAUCAGUUGCAACUCUAUUGUAAGACAGGGCCCAUGUAUAGGCUCAAAGUAUACUUAUUGCAGGCAUAUGACUGACAAGGAAAAUUACCAUCAUCACUAAUUCAAAAAUAAUUACUAUUUAAAAAUCAUUACUACUUGAAAAAAAAUUGAAAAAAGUAUACUCUUUACAGGUAUAGCACGGACAAGGAAAAUUUGUCAUCAUUACUAAGAUUUCUUUCUUCAGGUAUAAAAGAAAGUAUUCAUUUUUCAAACAAACUGAACAAGUGAAAUUAGUCACCCAUGAAGGGGUGACAGAGUAGCAUUCAUCAAACACUGAAAUUAUGUGGUUGUAAAUUAUAAUUUGACAUGCAAACUUAAAUAAUAUAAUUGUGUCAUAACUACAUUUAUUAUCUUUUUUUUUAUUUGAGAUGGAUGAUAAUGAACAUCUGUCAUCUGAUCAGAAAUGCUUGUUUCCUUCUUCUGAUGUUCAUGCUUUUGUGAUUUUUUUUUUCAAGGUUGCCACUUUAGAGAAAAAAAUAAAUAUACAAUACCAGAAUAUAUUCUAGUAUUCAGGGAUGCCACAGUUCUGACUUUUUUUACAUAAAAAAUAUAAUGAAUAUAUGUAUUUUUUGAUAUUUUUUCCCCCAGAAAGUUGGAACUCUCUGUUAAACCCAUUACAAGGGCAUAUAUGAUUUGCAUUUUGUAGUAAAGAAGUGUUGCAAGUGCCCCAGAAUGCCAGGAAUUUUACACUUGAGUUAAAUGUUACCCCAAAAGGAAUCUCAAGGUGACUCUGACCCCUUUAGCCCAGCUAGAACGCUGCUCAGACCCCCAUGUAUGGGAGGGGGGGGGGGGGGUUGAAGGGGAAUCCAACCUUGGUCAUAAAAUGUGUGGGAAAGGAGAAAAACAAGUAAAACAGAAUGGUGAAAGUUUGAAAGAAAUUGGACAGGUAAUAAGAAAGUUAUGGCUGCUUUAUAAUUGAAAGACCUAUAAAGACUAUACAAAUUUCAAAUUGGCAACUGGGUAAGUAAAUUAUGACAAGGGGCGAGGACAACUUUCCCAUAGGCCAUGUACUUAAUUAUCAGGGAUUUGUAGUUUCCUCCCAAGUACCUAUUCCCCUGUUUUAUAUCCUCAUGGAAGAAAAGUACAAUGUUAAGUAAAACUUUUGAAAAUCUUACAUUUUAGCCAUUAUUUGUAUUGGAGUACAUAGAAGAGUUGUCCUUUUUUUUAUCUUUGCACUUUUUAUUCAUCACAAGAAACAAUAAAAAUAUACGAAACAUGUGUUGCAUGUCAAUUAAUCAGAAUAUUGAUAAACUGUCUUAUAUAAAAAAAAUUGUAAAUAAAUUAUGUUCUCAAAAUAAUUUAAUUUGUACCCCAACCCUUCUGACAAGAUGAUCCAUAGACCAUAGAAGAGUAGUCCUUGCCAUACAUCACUGUGUCAUCACAAAUGUGGCCAAUUUGAAGUCUCCAUCAGUAUAAACAUUACCAACUUUUAAAAAUUCAUAACUUUCUUGUUUGUCCGAUAUUGUUCACACUUUCACCUAUCAAAUUGUCUGAUUUAUCUUUUUUCUCUCAAAACAAUUAUUUAUUUGGACUGGAUUCCCCUUUAAAGGAGACCUAGUGGUUUCCCUGUCUAUUGAAAACACAUUUUCGCUUACAAAAUCAAUAUGACUUUGCUACUUUUUAGCAUCUAUUUGAAGUGGCAUUCUAGUUUAUUUUAUUAUUUCAUCCAGAAUUUGCUGUUUAUUAUUAAAGUGUGAU